AUGUCGAUCGGCAUGCGUAUAUUUACGUCGCCACCAACCCUUAUAUGUAUUCAAUUUGGUCUCCAUCGCUCUCACCCUCGUCUUCACUCUCCGCGCCCCCGUGUACUCGUGCGUAGUCGGGCCGAGGGUGAGCCAGUCUGUAUUUCUGCAUGUCCUGAUUGUGUUUCUCCAGCCAAUCUGGGUCAUAGAUGGAGUUGAAAACUGCGAAACUGACGUAGUUGUUUAGGACAAAUGUCCGGCUAGUUCCCGAGCUGUCAUCGCUGCCUGGUGUAGCACUUCGUCCGCAGGCACAACAUGUGCAGCGCCAAUAACUUGAGCCUUGGAAAAGCAUCGAUACGCACCUUGAAACCGUCCAUCCUUCGUCCGCACUUCCUCCUCGGUCC